UACCACUCGUUCUGAGUUCAUUUACGGACAGUGAAAAAAAAAUCCUCCAGUCUCAGCGGUAGGACUAUUCUCCACAUGCAGUUUGAUGAGGUAAUGUCUCGGAAAUGUUAUAAUGUCUUUCCCAGUUGUCGCAAGCAGUAGCUCCAGGCUACUCUAGGUUUGUUUUUAAACUUGAAUUCCGGUGGUCCUGGACGGUGCUUAGCGGCUCGUUCAACUUUAGGGAGACCAUGACAGCGGUGGAGCCUGACAGGAAGGAACUGUGCGGGACAUAAAAGUCUCGGGGUUUCUGAGCGUCAUCGUGAAUGGGGUUGCGUGUUUUUACUCUGCGUGUCUUGCAACAAUUGUCCCUGAGCCGUCAGGAGAUCUGCGGUCCAACCGGCGGAGUGGGACACGGCGGUGGAGUUCCUAGCUCCCUUUGUGCUGCAUGUGUGAAGACUCUGGUGAGAUUAUGGUCAGAAAAGGCCUUAACAGCCGCAGCCGGUUCGUCAACAAAGGAAACCACUGUUGCUUCUUUCAUUUUUACUGCCGUGGCCGCUGAGCGUGGACACAAACACUGGCGGUGUGAAGUGAAAAACUGUUUAGGUUAAAGUUUACUUCAGGAGCGACGCUUGCGUAUUUACGCACGAACACGCGCAAGUUAGAAAGUCUGAAACUUUUCAUUACAGCUUUCAUUCGGGUGGAUGUGUGAGGAUGGUGGAAAGCCGGAGCUGCGUCCAACGGGAAGGGGUGUACCGCUGGUUCUCCUCCCUCACCUCAGCCCAGAGAGCUGAGUUUCUGUGCGGUCUGCUGGACCUCUGCGUCCCAAUCGAGCUCCGUUUCCUCGGUUCCUGCCUGGAGGACUUGGCCCGCAAGGACUAUCACUCCCUGCGGGAUGCCGAAAUCAAAGCCAACAAUCCCGCUGACCUGUCCGGCCUCACCAACAUCACGGACGAGAUGGUGCGCAGCAAGCUGCUGGUGUCCUUAGCCCUGCUCGGCUCGGACAACCGGGAAGCAGCGGGAGUCUUGUACCGGACCCUGACGCACAUAGACACAGUGAUCAAUAACUACGGGCUGGCGCUGAACGACGGGAGGACGGAAGAGCAGUUUCUGCUGCUGUUCACCAUGGCCUCGAAUCACCCGGCCUUCAGUUUCCACCAGAAGCAGGUGUUAAGGCAGCAGCUCGGUCAGAUCCAGGACAUCCUUCAGGCAAGCAAAGGAGGAGAAUCUCCCGCAGCUGGAUCCGGCAGUGAUCUGGCUGCUGUCUGUUACACUCAGCCACAUCACUACUAUCAGCAUCAGAGCAUAUCGCUGCCUCAGGUCUCCCUGUCCUCCUCCCUGCCUGACAUCAGCGCUGCCUACCUGCCUCUGUCUGCCUGCCAGCCCUGCCUCUCUCACUGCACCUGCUGGAACAAGAGCCAGAACAGAGAGGCCGGCACAGACUCAGGAAUCACUUUGGGACAAGAAGACCAAGCCAUCAGCCAGGAGCCUGCUUCUCCCCACCCAGACCUCCGUCCUCCACCAACCAGUCUGCCUCCAUCCCUGACUGCUGGGCAGAACCAGGAUGGAGCAACACCAACCAAGAGCCACAAGGGGAAAGUAGGAAAAGCUGUGAUUGAGAAGGUGGUGCUCAGAGGAGUUGCACACAAGUCAGAGGACGCCAGCGAAUAUGUGUUUGAGGUCAGCUGGUCUGAUAGUUUUGUGUCAUCAGUUGUCAAAACUCAACAGGAAGUGGCACAGCUGAUGUCCCAGCUGUCACAGGCAUUUCCUGAUGAAGCCCUGGAGAAGUUCAUUCCACAGUCAUUAGAGGUGGACCCCAGGUGUCUGACAGCCCUACCCAGCCACAUCCUGCAGCACCACAGCCUACAGCUGUUCUUCACCUCCACUAGGCCUCUGUCACCCAGCUGUCCCUCCUCUCCCCCCUCCUCCAUACCACCACUACCAUCCUCCCUUCCCGGCUCAUCUGUAGUCUCGACCUGCCAGUUCACCUCCAGUUCCAAUCUGGGCUGUAUGGUGCACUACAGAGGAGCCAACAGGGCGGUGUACAGAGUGGCCAGCGUACAGCCUGUUGUUAGCACCCACAGCUCUGUUAUCACUCGCUCCACUCCUCACCUGACCUCCCAGCCUCCUCUGCCUCCCUCCAUUCAUCCUCCACAACACUCCCCUCAGCUGUCCUCCCUCCCCCCUAACAUGCAAGCCUUGCCCACAAGGAGCUCCGCAGGUAGCGGCAGCGACACCUCCUCCCAGCUGUAUCCCCAUCCCUCUCAGCAUCACUCGUACACUCAGGCCCUGCAGCACUCCCAGCACCACCUUCAUCCCCAAACCAGCAGCCAGCCCAGCCUGCAGCCUCAGUCGCUGCACCUGUCCCAUUCACAGCAGAUGUCCCACCCACAUUCCCAGCCCCGUUCCCAGUCUCAUCCACAGUCACCACCGCAGUCUCAGCCCAAUGCUCCAGAGCAGAACGGCAUCCUGGACUGGCUCCGCAAGCUUCGGCUCCAUAAGUACUACCCUGUCUUCAAACAGCUCACCAUGGAGGAGUUUUUAGCUCUAACAGAGGACGAUCUCAACAAGUACGACCUGACACAAGGAGCAAAGAAGAAACUCAAGACCCAACUGGAGCUACAGAAAUCAGCAGACAGGGAGAUGAAGAUGGAGAAGCGUCCCUGCAGCGGCAUCGCCAGAGUGACACCUUCCAGUCACAUAGGACCCUCGGCUCACUCCACCUCUGCUGCAGGAGACCUGCGAGUGGAGAUAGACGGCGUGCCGCAUCAUCACCCCGUGUGCACAGACAGCAGCUCGUCCUCCGGCUACUCCAGCUCUUCCUGCUCCCCUCGGAUACAUCACUGCUGUGACUCCACCUUCGACAGGACCAGAGACCUCCACCGGCGUGUGUCGGGUCCAGAUGCAGCAGGUGUUUCAGAGAAUGAGCGGUCCUGCGUCUUCAUCCUGAACUCCAGCUGCCCUGCAGGUUCCAGUCGCCCCACAGCUCAGGUUCUCCCCGUCCAGACCGAUCCAGCUCCUCCUCUCCCACCUUCCUGCUCCUCCCACCUCUUUGGCCUCCCACAGACUCCCUACUAUCCCCAGGCCAGUUACCCUCAGUCUGUUCUCUCUCCGCUCUCAAAUCCAGUACGUAUCCUCACCACCCCACGCAAACCCAGACCCCCACCGCUGUGCACAGAGGACAGGACUAAGCCACAGGGUGCAGGGUUUCCUGUAGGGGGAGCAGGCUUCAGUUCAGGGGUCGGGAUGGGGGUGAGGAUGGAGAACCUGUUCUCCGGGCUCAACAUGGAUAGCACCUCUGGGCUUCAGGACUCAGUGGUUUGUCGCGGCCGGGCUGGAGGUGCAUUGGGUCUGAUGGUGGAGACCAGUUCUGCCCUGACCUCGACCUCCAACAGCCUCCACCACGUCUCCCAACCCCCUCUUCUCUUCCACCUCUCGUCUUCAUCUCCCUCCCCAUCUGGAUACUACUCCUACGCUCCCACCUCCUCAUCCUUGUCCACUUUCUCCUCCUCUUGCACCUCUUCAAAGUCCGCCUCUUUGUCAGGCAGCUCCAGUGGUCCGAGUGGUUAUGUUUCUAUGGCAACGGCAAGCUCAGUUCCAAUGACCGCGAUUCCUGGCAACUCUUACUACCCAGUCCAGCCUUCCUCUAGCCCCUCCCCAUCCCCCUCCUCUGCUUCCCCAUUGGAUCAAAGUUCGGGUCACAGCUCUUCCGUUUGUGUUUGCAGCUCUUGUGGUUGCCGGGGCAACUGCAGCACCUAUGCGGCAUUGCCUGGAUACCCAACCGGCUACCUGCAGCCAUUCUCAGCUGGGCCUUCCCUCUUCACCCUGGGUCCUCUGCUCCAUCUCAGCCCCCUCAUAGCCUCUUCCAGCACUGCGGAGGCCGGAGGUGCACCCUUCUCCUACCCGAUGAUGGUCCCACCGCCUCUCUACCGGACUCAUGACCAGCAGCAGGGCUUUGGUUUUUACCAGCCUCACAGCAUCAUGGGAAAUGUAGGUCAGAAACAGGCAGCGGGAAACCUGUCCUGUUAUAACUGUGGCGCCAGCGGACACAGAGCAGAGGACUGCAAACAACCACCGAUGGACUCAGGGCAGCAGGGGACGUUUCGACUGAAAUACACUCCUCACUCUGACAGCAAGGACUCAGGGGAUUGACCAGCAGCAGCGUUUUCCUCCUGACACAUCUGUACCUCGUCUUCCUGCAGAAGCCAGCAGUAUUUGAAAGCUCAGACGCCUUGUAUCGUCUCGAAUUGUUUCAACACAGAGAGGACGACACAAGAGGAAUUCUCCUCAGAUACUAAAACCAGGCCUCGCUGGCAGCUGAGAUCAGUCUGACAUGUUAACCAGAGAGCCUCGAAAGCCGCUUCCAAACCAAAUAAAAGGAGUAUUUAAAGCCUCCUGGAUGUUUCAUAAAACCAAAAAUUCACCUUUCUGAACUCUGAAUCUGGUGAAUUUUCACUUGUCUGAAUUAAAUCAUGCAUUUCAUUCAGCUGUUCUGCUAUGUGAAACUGCAAGUUCUGAAUCAUGUCUCCUUUUCUGCAAACGUGGCACAAUCAGGUUCUGGCUCACUACUUUCCAUAGUCAGUUUUUCCAGCCCCCUUUAAAAAAACUGCUAACUGUUAUUGUGCUUUUUUAUUCUUUUUUUUUUUUUUUAAGUCAGAUGACCUCUAAGCUGCAAUAAAACUCCUCAGUGAUGCGAAGUGGUCAUUUAAACCCAUAAACUUCACCUUCUCUGAUCAGUGCUUUUUCCCUCCACACAGUGCCAGCGUUGUCAUUGAACUCAUCAAGCAUCUCCUUUACAGCCAGAGUCUUUCACAUGCAGGCCUGUCAGUCCAGAUUAAAGUUUGAUAAACAAGGUUGCCAUGCCUCCAGAAUUUAGCUGGUUGGGACAGACUGGAUAAACUAGAAACCCUCCUCAGUGACUGAGAGUGAUAUAGGAAAGAAGCACCAGCCAUCUUCUAGUCUAUGGAGCUUAAACCAGAGGUGGUACAUGUCCAAAUAAGCACUGCCAUGUUGCUUUUGGGACAUAAUAUGCAAUAUAUGAGCAGGAUGUGCCCAUAUUUAAAUACAUUUUACUUCAUUUUUGUAAAGUGGGAGGUGUUUUUUUAAGACAGUGUGGCUGUCACACCUCCACCUUUUCUACCUCUGAGCUAACAUGAGAGCAAAAUGUUUUUUGUUUUUUAUUUUUUUCUAUCAAAUAGCAUUCAUCAGUACCACAAGAGUGAAGCAUCUGUGACUAAAGUUUACAUCGGGUUUGCUGAACAUUACAGAGCCGAUGUUCUCCGAGUUCAUUUUUAUGUUUGGUGUAAAGCUGUUUGUUCUCCAGCAGACGCGGAGCUGCCUUGUUUUUUGUUUUUAUGGCCACAGGUUUUAUGCAGAGCUUUUAUGAGCAUUGUUGAGGUCUUUUUGAGACUGUGGGUGGGUUUUCUGGGCAGGACCCAGAUCAGCACAGACACGAGGACCACCGGUCCUUCAGAUAAAACUCGAUCUGCACCCCUGGAGGGCGCAGCACUAGGAUGAGAGAUGUUUUAUUUAAAACAAUGAACAUUAAGUUUAAGAACUUGUGCUUGUUUGCUUUUUGUAAGAAGGUUGUUUUUGUUUUUUGUUUGUUUUGUUUUUGUUUUCUUUUUUUCAGCUGAAUGUUAAUUUAACUGUCCAACAUGGUUGUGGUUGGGGAAAGAAAAAAUGUCAAAAGCUGCAUAGAAGAAAAACAUUGACUUUAAUCUUUUUGUAGAUUUCACUAUAAACUGCUUCUUUGGAAAUUAUUUUAGUUUGGCUUUUUGAAGUUUUGCUUGUAUUUUGGGGGGGGGGGGGGGGGGGGGGGGGGGCUCUUGCUCCAGCAUGCGCACUGCAUUUAUGGUUAAGCAUGCUUUUUAAUUCAAUUCAGCUUGUAGCGCCAUUUCACAGCAUUGUCAGCUCAGGGCACUUUACAGACAAAUUAAUUCGAGCCAAUUCAUAAUAACUAAUAGCCUAGUUAAGGCUAUAAUUUGAUUACUAUGACUAGUAGGAAAACCAAUAGAUUGCAUUGAAUCUUGACUUUGAUCCAAUCCCCCAUCCUAAGCAUGAGAGGCAACAGUGGAGAGGAAAAACUCCCUUUUAACAGGAAGGAAAAACCUUUGGCAGAACCCGGCUCAGGGAGAGCGGCCAUCUGCCUCGGCCGGUUGGGGUGGAGAGGACUGCAAAGAGAGACCAACAGACACUGCAACGUUUAGCCUGCUGAGAGAUGAGAAAUAUGUAAAUGAUGCCAAUACUGUCUUAUGUUUAUACAUGGAAGAUAAGCAGCAGAGAGAGGAAAAGGAAGUGCUCAGUGCAUCAUGGGAUGUCCUUCAGCAGUCUAACCUAUAGCAGCAUAACUAAGGGAUGGCUAGACAACCCCUAACUAUAAGAUUUAUCAAAAGGAAGGUUUAAAUCCAGAUCUUAAAGGUAGAGAAGGGUGUCUGCCUCCCUCACCCAAACUGGGAGCUAGUUCCAUAAAAGAGGGGCUUGAUUUUCUUUUGUUUCUAAGUAUUUGCAGAACUUAAAACUUAGUUUAUAAUUAUCCAGUUUGUAUGUCACAUUUUAUAUCUGCUUAUUGUGUUUUAAAACUUACUUCAAGUAAAGUUU